UCGUUCUCGUGCGUUCUCAGUUCAUUGCGUGAUUCUUCGUCUGAGUCCAUCACUAACUUCAUCUGUGCAGCUGCUGUGAUGACGUCUGCUCCAGCUUCAGACGAAGCCAACUGGCUUCAGUGUUACAACAAAGGAUGCGGAUGCAAGUUUGACCCAACAACAAACAGUGAGAAGUCAUGCAAGCACCACCCUGGCUUGCCCGUCUUCCACGACGCUUACAAGGGUUGGGGAUGCUGCAACAAGAAAGUCACUGACUUUACAGAGUUCCUCAACAUUCCGGGGUGCACGAAUGAUUUCCAUAGCAACAUCAAACCUGUGGAGCCGGGAAAGCAGCAGACGGAUGCCGGCGACAAAGAUGAGGUCAUUGUGUCGGAGUGUCCGAAGCCGCUGACGCGACUGCAGCCCCCGCCUGAGGACGAACCGAUGCAGCGCCUCCCGGUGACGGUCGCCGCUACGCUGAAGAGCGCCCUCUCCAGGGAUCUAGAGGAACUAAGCAUCGCGAAAGAAGGCGGCGGCGACAAAGAAAACGUCGACACUGCGAAGGUUGUCGUGGGAACCAGCUGCAAGAACAACACCUGCCACGCGACCUACUCCGGAAUGUACAGCAGCACAAGAUACGUGUGUCUUCAUCCAGGUGUGCCCAUUUUUCACGAGGGCAUGAAGUACUGGAGCUGUUGCCAGCGCAAGACCUCCGACUUUGACAACUUUCUCAAGCAGGAGGGCUGCGACCUCGGCUCACACGUCUGGGUGAAGAAGCAGGGUGCGUCGACGCAGACGGCGGUCGCGUGCCGCUACGACUGGCACCAGACGGCGCACAUCGUCGUGCUGACGAUCUACUCUAAGGUGGCGGACCCGGAGUCCAGCUACGUCGAGGCGAAUCGCACGUGCGCCACCGUGCAUGUCACGUUCGACCGUGGCGGCAGCGUGUUCGAGAAGAGCAUGCGUCUCGGAGGGAUCAUAGACAACACCAGCAGCACCGUUACCAUGACAGCAACGAAGGUCGAGGUGAAGCUGCGGAAGGCCGAGCCGUUCCCAUGGCAAUAUCUGGAUCUGCCGCGCGUCGCCGACAGUGGCGCCAACUAGUAGAGGGUGCUGGGGCAAACAGCGUGCGCCACUGGAGUGACCUGUAGUGACCUACUAGUUGCACGUGUUUGUCCUGAUUGGAGUAAUCUUGUCAACGCACAGCGAUAUGCUAAAGGAUGUGAAUGAUCGUAUGAGAGAGAGAGAGGGAGAGUGUGUGUGUGUGUGUGUGUGUGAGAGAGAGAGAGAGAGAGAGAGA